CGUGCACGAGCUCGUUUCGCUUCGGCUGUUGUAUGAGUAAUUUAUCAUCAAACAAGUUUUUCCAUAUUAUUCAAAAAACUAUUCAAGUUAGUUGAAAGAAUAAUCUUGAAUGGUGAACGUACACGUACACAAAACUCUAAUUUAUCAAUGGGAAAGCGCUGGUCUGCCGCUGGGUGCUUGUUUUGAAGGGACCCCCUUUCGUUUUUGUGUAGUGUGUUGAGUUGCCGCCGCCGCCGCAGCAGUGUUCCGACGCGUCAAAGCGGCGAGUGUGUUUUGUUUUUUCGUGCACAGUGACCGACCCCUAGGUCGUCGAGGAGGAAAAAUAAUAAAUUCUAAUCUGUCAAACUAAGGAGGCGAACGAAAAACCCUAGGUUCCUGCCUUAUUCAACAGUUCCAGUCGCCGCGCGCGAGUGUGUGACAUUUCCGGUUACGACGACGCCAUCUUGGAUCAUCUCCGCGCUUGGUGACAGCUAGCGAAAUCGUGAAGAGAAACAAUCAAUCUUGACGGGAUUCGAACCGCGCGCGACAACACUUGGAGCUGCGACCUAACGCCCUACGCCACAGCGGUCCCCGGUGAUUGACAGCUGAUUAGUUCGCGCGAAGGCGCCUUUUGUGAAAGUUUCAAGUUGUGUGAGUGUGUCGGUGCCGAAAGACCAGUAAUGAACACGUAAAAUUGCUCAUUGUUAUUUUUAUAACGCGCAAUUAGCGGUGGAAAAGAGCGCAGUUUUUCGAACGGGCUCGGGCCAAAUAAUAAUAAUCACACAAAAAGCCUAAUAGCUCCCAAGAGUUUAAGGCAGCAGCAAAAAAUAUCGAAUAAAAAGGAAAAAAUGUUUUAGAAGUUGCCGCGAGCAGUCUCGGCCUAUCGUUUUCUCUAAAUAUCAAAUUAAACAAAUAAUCGCGAGAGAGCGAGCUCUUGCGAGAGCCAGCGAGCGCUUCGCGAGCAGAACUAAACGCCUAACCUUAAAAGUGAGUGUUUUUAAGAUGACUCAUUUGAUUUAAUUGCUCCCGCACUAAACCGAGCGGUCCGUACGUCAGUUGUUGGGCGAAGAACCGAUCGAGGUAGAUAAGAGUCGAAAAAAAGGGCCCUCAAAAAGCUAAGGCGCUAAGGCGAACUCAAAAAAAAUAGAGCGCUCGUAGUCUGUGAGGAAGAAGAGGAAGAAGAGCUCGUAUUGUCCCGGAACGCAGCACAAAAACGCCCGUCAAAACGUCGGAUCCCACGCGGAGGCUCGAACACACGACGUUCAGCAUGUUGACCGACAUGAGUCCGUCGGCGGCCGGACAGUUCUACGGCGCCCAGAUACCGGCCAUGGGCAUGAACAUCACCAACAUCACGCACAUGCAGAAACCCACGGACCACCCGGGCCUUCGCGGCACCCCGCUGGCCAUGCUGGCCGCCCAGUGCAACAAGCUGUCGAGCAAGUCGCCGCCGCCGCUGGCGGACGCCGCCGUCGGCAAGGGCUUCCACCCGUGGAAGAAGAGCCCGACCGUCUCGUCGGGGCCACACUCGCCCAACGCGGGCUCACACGGGUCGAUCCAGACGUCGUCGGUUCCCAGCAGCAGCAGUAGCAGCAACGUGAUACAGUCGACACAGAGGGCGCUCUCGACGUCGUCCGCUUCGUCUGCCUCGUCCACCGCUAGUCCCAUGUCGUACGUCACGACCAGGCCAAUCACGUCGUCCUGCGCGGCCAGUACGGCGCCGUCCUACGGCAGUGACUUGUAUUUCCCGGGAGCCACCACAUCGCCGGCAUGUGCCGAGAAUGCCCACAUGCAGCACGGGCUUCUGGGCAAGGUCGAGGGCACGACGCUCGGGUCGGUGUACUCGCGGCACCCGUACGACUGGCCGUUCAAUGCGGCUGUGUCGGCGGCCACGGCCCACAAGACCGACAACAUGAACUCCGGCUGGUGGGACAUGCACGGUGCGGCCGGCAGCUGGCUGGACAUGGGCAGCGCCGGCAUGCAUGCCGCCACGAUGGCCAACUACGCGGCCACGGCUGCCGUCAGUUCGGACUACUCGACGUUGACGCACUCGCUCACGAAUACGGCCCACCUGCUCGGGACCGGGCAGCACCUGCUGCCGGACUCGUACAAGAGCAUGCUGCCGUCCCAGGGCGUCGGCAGCUUCGGCUUGCCGCACACACCGGCUUCACCGGCUCCGCCAACGCCGCAGGCUCCGUCACCCCGCAGCCAGCGCCGCUAUUCCGGCCGUGCCACCUGCGACUGUCCCAACUGUCAGGAAGCGGAACGGCUCGGACCGGCCGGAGUUCAUCUGCGCAAGAAGAACAUCCACAGCUGCCACAUUCCGGGCUGUGGCAAGGUCUACGGGAAAACAAGUCACCUGAAGGCUCACCUUCGAUGGCACACGGGCGAGCGGCCCUUCGUCUGCAACUGGCUGUUCUGCGGCAAGCGCUUCACCCGCUCCGACGAACUCCAGCGCCAUCUACGAACCCACACAGCAAAACACGUCAAAACACACGGCGCCACGGGGUCAUCCAGCGGCACCGGUUCCAACGCCAACCCAACCAAGAAAAACUCGUCCGACUCGUGCAGCGACUCCGAGGACACUAACAACGCCCAACAGCAGCAGCAGCAGCAAACCGAUCUCCAACAGCAGAUGCAAAGCGGCGGCGGCGCUGGCGGCGGAGUCGGCACUCAUAGCCCGGGCUUGGCGGGCCACGGUGGCGGCGGUCACCUCAUGGCCAUGGGCGGGGGACAUCCCGGUGCGUUGAGUCACCCCUCGCAGCAGCAGCAGCAGCACCAUGGGGCGCACACCCCUAGCCCAGGGCUGGAACAGCACCCCGGUCACGGUCAGCAGCUGGACGUGAAGCCGGGCAUCGUUUGAGGAAUGCUUGGGGCGACGCCCUUCUUUGGCCACCACCAGGUCACGGGGUCACCCUACUGAACAACACAGCGUAGUACUGUAAUUUAGGAGCGACGAAAGGGUUUGGGUUUGGGGGGUUUCCUUUUGUGGGGAUCAGUGCAUGGUGGACAUAACCUCGAAAUUUGUGGGUGACAGUUCAAAAAUGUAAUC